AUGCCUGGAAUCAGAAUGGUCGAUGUGGCUGAGGAUGUGUUUGUGUUGGGCCUGGAGUGGGUCAACAGGAAAUCAGUGCAAGUCUUACUUCCAGGAGUGUCAGAGGUUAUGGAGGCCCAGGAUUCUGAUGCAACUGAUGGUGUUGGCCCUGAUUGUUGUGAAGAUGCUGUGCUUGCAGAAUUCAGUGUUGAGCAAGAUGAUCUGUUGAGUAUGAUUGGUGUCGAAAUAGCAAAGAUGCACAUCACAGACAUCAUUCAUGGUGACCUGACCACUUCGAAUAUGAUGCUCUGCAGGGGGGAAAAGGACCUGGUGCUGAUUGACUUUGGGCUUGCUUACUAUUCUUUGCUGGUGGAGGACAAAGUGGUAGACCUCUAG